AACAUUUAAUGUUUUUCCGUAUUUAUUUUCGUGAAUAACUCAAUGAAGCAUUUAUAUAAUAUUGUCAAAAUUGAAUUAAAUAUAAACCAGUGGUUCUAAAAAUAUUAAAUAUGUGAGCGAAAUGCUCAUGCCUCAUAUCAUCACCAUUAACAUUGGCCGCCCAAGAGUAUCGCUUCAAUAGUGUUUUAUGUUUUAGACGCGUCUGUAUAUGAUAAAGUUAACGUUUAUCUUAAUUUAAAUUUUAAUAUUUUAAAUGUUAAUCAUUUUGAUUUAGAAUUUUAUCCAUGCUGAACCUUGUCUGACUGCUGUUUGUUGGUCAAUAACCUAUGUUUCACAGUUAAUUUCACGGUUUCAACAUUCAGUAGUUUAAUAGUUUAGACGUUUAGUACUUUUAGAAGUUUGGUUUUUGUUUGAAAUUGUUGAAUAUGGAUUUUCUCAAUGGACCAAUAGCAAAUGAAAUCGUUAAAAGUGAAGAAGCUUCAAAAAUUCGAGGUCGAGGACGAGGUUAUUUAUUAAAAAUGAUGAAACAAAAACUGAGUCCAGAAAAAUCUGUAUCAGUAUUGGCAAUGGAAAAUAUAAAGAGCUAUAUCAAAAAUACUGAAGCAUAUAAUCAAAACCUUAUUAACAAAUCUUGUUUUCAAGACUAUGAUUAUAAUUAUGAAACACCUGUAAGAUCAACUUAUAUUCCACCUGAACUUGAUGAAAACGAUGAAUCUAUUUAUAAUGAAGGAAUCAGUUCUGGUAUAAAUUUUGAAAAAUUUAAUGAUAUUGAAGUGAAGGUGAAUGGUAAAAAUAUACCUAAAGCUAUUGAAAGUUUUGAAACAUUAAGCUGUGUACCAGAAAAAUUAAUGGAGAAUAUUAAAAAGUGUAAAUUUGUAAAACCAACUCCUAUUCAAAAAUAUUCUAUUCCAAUUAUUUUAUCUGGUAAAGAUUUGAUGGCCACUGCGCAAACUGGUUCAGGAAAAACGGUUGCUUUUGUUUUACCAAUAAUACAAAAAUUGCUCAUGGAUCCACAAAAACUAGUAAACGAUAGUAAUCAUAGUGAACCUCAAGUUGUUAUAAUGGCACCUACAAGAGAAUUGGCUGUUCAAAUUCAAAUAGUUGUAUUAAAAUUAUCAAGAGGUACUGGAAUUUCAUCGUUUGUCUGUUAUGGUGGUACUUUAGUUAGCUAUCAAAAAAAUCAAGUUCUUAAAGGUUGUCACAUACUUAUAGCCACACCAGGUAGAUUAAAUGAAUUUGUUCAUCAUGGUUUCAUAACAUUUUCUUCUGUGAGAUUUUUUGUUUUGGAUGAAGUUGAUAAGAUGUUAGACAUAGAUUCAAAAUCUGAUGUUGAUAAAAUUUUAGAUCAUUUUUCAAUGUUGCCGGUUACAAAAAGACAGACAAUUAUGUUGUCAGCAACUUUACCAGAUGAAACUCAGCAUUUAGCGAAAUUCUAUUUAAAUACAAAUUAUUUAUUUUUAGCAGUUGGUAUUAUUAGUAGCGCUUCAAAGGAUAUAAAACAAACUUUUUACAUGGUUAAUAGAUUCAAUAAACGUAAAAUUUUAUCCAAUAUUUUGAAAAAAGAUUCAGUAGGAACUAUAGUAUUUGUAAAAUAUAAAUGGACAGCAGACUUCCUUGCCACAUAUCUAAGCGAAAAGCAUAUUCCAUCAACAAGUAUACAUGGUGAUCGUUUACAAGAUCAAAGAGAAAUAGCGUUAAAUGAUUUUCGUAUCAAAAAGAUGAAUGUACUUGUAGCAACAACUGUAGCUUCAAGAGGUUUAGAUAUUGAAUGUGUGAACCAUGUCAUUAAUUAUGAAAUGCCUCAAACAAUUGAAGAGUAUGUUCAAAGAAUUGGACGUACAGGUAGACUAGGAAAUCAAGGAAUUGCUACUUCUUUUUUUGAUCCUGAUGAAGACCACCUUUUGAUAGAACCAAUUAUAAAAACUCUAGCAUCGGCAAAUCAAGAAAUACCUAAUUGGUUAGUUAAACUAGGGCGAGAAGCUAAAUAUAAUGAUGAUGAUGAUGAUGUUUUAGAUCAUUUUGGAGGCUCGGAUAUAAGAAUUAAAUCAAAUUCAAUUGAUGAAGUUGAAGAAUGGUAAAUUCAUAGUUGAAUAUUUAAUAAAUGUUUCUUUAUUAUCUAUA